AGUAAAUAAUAUCAGAAACAGAGAGGGGCAGCAUAAACAAAAGGGAGGAACAUCGUUAACUGCAGUUUCGCCUGUUACUCGAGACAUGUCGUGCAGUACUCAGCUCAUUUUACGCACGCUGACUGACCACAACAAGCCCGCGGGCACGUUACGUAAGCGCGCAGCCACAGCAGGCUUUUAAACAGAGAGGCUUUGGAGCUCCAGCUGGAAACUUUUACUCCGCUGUUGAAGCCUCUGACACCUUUAGUGUGUCUUCUUCCUCGUUUUUUUCCCCCACUCAGUGUUACCAUCCAGUCAUGUCAUCGUACAACAACAGCGCGUGCUUUACCGAGGCCAGGCGGGUGGCUAUUUUCGGGGGUACGCACGGGAACGAGAUGUCAGGCGUGACGCUCGUCAACUUGUGGGUGAAAAACAGCGCCGAGAUCCAGAGGAAACGAGUCGAGACCAAACCGUUCAUCACCAACCCCAAGGCUGUGGAGAAGUGCACGAGAUACGUGGACACGGACCUGAACCGAGCCUUCAGCCCGGAGAACCUCAGUGCCCCAGCAGGAGAUGACCUGCCCUACGAGGUGCAGAGAGCCCAAGAGAUCAACAAGAUGUUUGGACCCAAAGGCACCCCAGAUGCGUAUGACGUUAUCUUUGACCUUCACAACACGACCUCCAACAUGGGCUGCACUCUGAUUCUGGAGAGCUCCAAAGACCACUUCAACCUGCAGAUGAUGAACUACAUCAAGAAAGCCAUCGCUCCGGCCAGCUGUCUUGUUCUGCUGAAUGAACAUCCUCUAUUGAAAUACUCCACUUCACGCUCUGUUGCCAAGCACCCUGUGGGUCUGGAGGUGGGUCCACAGCCUCAGGGGGUUUUGAGGAGUAACAUCUUUGAAGCUAUGAGGAUAAUACUGAAACACGCGCUGGAUUUCAUCGAGCUCUUUAAUGAAGGUAUGGAGUUCCCCCCCUGUAUGGUGGAAGUUUUCCGGGUCUUGGAGCGUGUUGACUACCCCAGAGAUGCCAAUGGAAACAUCAUUGCCAUGGUGCACCCAAAUCUGCAGGACUGUGACUGGGAACCGCUGAACCCCGGUGACCCUAUGUUCCAAACAUUUGACGGAAAGACCAUCCACUACCAGGGCCCGGGCACCGUCUACCCCACUUUUAUUAAUGAGGCAGCCUAUUAUGAAAAACAACAGGCAUUUGUAACCACCAGGCGAGAAACUCUGGUAGCCAGUGCCAGCAGAAAAGCAUAAAAACUGGUUUGUGAGGCUAACAGCGAUCAUGAUUUAUACCGUUUCUUUUAGCCUCAACAUGAAUCUGUGUAUAGUUUUUUGCACUUUGUUCUGUUAGAAAAUGACAGACUUUUUCCUCACAAAUGACUAGAAAUCAUCUUUUACACACUGAUUUAGUUUUCUAUGCAUUUACUAUCAGAAAAUCUAAUAACUAUGCAAAGAAUAUUUGCAAAGAGUCACUGUGAAAGUCUUUGAUCUUAAGACUUGUAUAUUGCUGUGGUAAGUAUUUAUGGUAUUGCUGUUAUUUUAAAAAAUCAUUUACAUUAAAUUCUUUAAGUUUAUACUAUAAAAAAGGACAGGCCUUGUUAUUAAUGGCUUACGAAUAAAUAUACACACUCCUACUACUGCUCAGGAUGGCCAUAGAUGAUCAUAACCUGCAACUUUUUGACCCGAAACUCUUCUUGUGUGUCUUCUUCUUCUUCUUCUUCUUCUUCUUCUUCCUCUUCUCCACAUUUAUUUGUGACAUCUUUGGGAGGGUGUUGGUGGCCUUUUUGAUUCUACCUACCUGUAACUCCUGUGGUUGCAUCUGUGGUGCUGUCCUAUCGUUGCCUUACUUGAGAUUUCAGAGAAAAUUGCACAACAAAAUUAGGAGUGACAUUUGUAGAUAAUAUGUGUCUGAUAUUAAGAUGUUAUUUUGAUAAGAAAUGCUCAAUGUUGUGUUCCUCUAAACACAUGGGGUAGCGUUUGACAAACAUGUUUUGUAAUAAUAUAUAUGUGUCUAUUUUGAUAUACUUGUAUUGUAUGUUUGGUUUGACGUGAUGUUUAAACCUUGUUGAAUCAUGGGAAGUAGACAUACUUUCUAAUAUUUUUUACGUCUCUGUCGUCUCAAAGUGUAUUCCCUGUGGUCUUACAGUCAUCCGUUUUUCAUUCAGCAAUAUUUUUGGUAGCACCAUUUUUAUGUGAUUAAUACUGUUUACUGUCCUGUGGAAAUCAUCCAAAUCAAUAAAUCUUGUACUGUGA